CGGUAUAUGAAAUUUAACAACCCAAUAUGAAAUAAAUUAACUAGUGGGUGCUUGCAAGAAAACUUGAGCCUGAAUCCUAACAUUCAAUUCAUUAAAAAAAUAUUUUCCACCUAGAAUAGAAGCAUAUGAUGGUACCAACACACUGAAAUCAAUCAAUUUGUAUACCUUCGCAAGGAACCUUAUACACAAGUAAAUUCAAGCUACCUCCACCACCAGUUCUCUAUGGACUGCAACUUCAUUCACACACUUCAAUUCUCAAACGUUAUUGUCAAGCAAUAGACAGAAGCACGGUGCAUGCUAAUUAAAGCACUAUUGGGUAUCGUGAGACAAGUUAGCUCUGUUGGUUUGGUCUAAUCAAGCAAUCAGUCUCCAUUUUUUUGUAAAAAAAAUAAUCAAAUGAUUAGAAUUUCUUAUAGUCAUCUUCACUCUUUGUUUACUUGAGUUUACACCCAAUCAAAGACCAAGAACAUGCACGCUAUGUACAGCUAUAUAUCUUAACGACUACAGUAACGCAUGCCAUCGUAGUGGACAAGGGUGGGCGCGUUUGCUGCAUGCAGAGUGCAGGGUUUUAGUUUAUCUUAUUCCUUGCGAACUAGGUGGGGACAAAAGUGAGCCGUAAGGCACGGUCUUUUUCUUCUUUGGACCAACAGAACUAGCUUUGAUUGUUUGGAGGUGGAUUUGCUUCACUUAAUUAGUUAGAGAUCUGAAUCAAGUGGGGUCCAAAAUCUAGCUGUCAAACUGUCAAAGGAGUGCUAUAUAAACCUAUGGAGCGAUGGCAUGAAAAUGCAAAAUAAUUGCAAAUCAAUUUGAAAGAAGGCACUAAAAAAAUUAAAGAUGGAGAUACGGACGAGAAGGAGAAGCUUAUUUGUUCUCUUGUUUCUAGCAAUGGUAGCUGUUGAGUUGAGAGGUGACGAGGGAACGAACAGCAUUGCUGAUGAUCAGACCAAAGUCAAUGUCACUUUUUUAGAUCCUACCAAGCUACAAGGAAGUCAAAACAAAACUUCUAAUACUGAAGCUGUUGUCAACGACAACAAAAACAGGUAUGGUGGACACUAUAGAGGAGGAGGAGGAGGAGGUGGUGGUGGGGGAGGAGGUGGGGGAGGGGGAGGCGGUGGAGGUGGCGGGGGCAGUUUUGGAUGGGGAUGGGGUGGGGGAGGAGGAGGCGGUGGUUGGUAUAAAUGGGGGUGUGGUGGGAAAGGGAAAGGAGGGGGAGGAGGCAGUAGAGGCGACUACAAGCUCGGAGAGUUUGCACAAUGCACGGGAAAAGGAAGGUGUAAAGGCAUGAGGUUAGAUUGCCCUCUUCAUUGUGGAGGCCCUUGCUUCUACGACUGCCAACACAUGUGCAAGGCUCAUUGUCGACGUCCUUGAUGAUUGAUGAAAGAGUACCUUUCUUUUUGGUGUUUGUCAGAUUAGGUAGGUUGAUUUGUGCCCUCAAUAAGUAAACUAAGUGGUGUGUGCUAAGAGUUUUUGGCAUUUGGAUGUUUCUACUUGUCUUCUUUAUAUUGACUUGAUGCUGUUUUUGAUGCGGGGAUGGAAAACCUGAUGACUCUGUCUCACCAUAUGUUGCAUGCAUGCAUGCAUGCUGCUUGGCAUAUGGAUGAUGAAACUCUUGGAUAUGGCUUGCCAUUCAUCGAAGAUACAUGGCUUCAAGAUUCUAAUGAGUGUUUUGAUUCAUUUUGCUAAUGUGAAAUGGACGCAGAAUGAUCUUCUGAAUUCUGAUGGACAUGAUUUUUCUUUUUUCA